AUGGACAAUCACCCACCCCCUGCAGAAAGCCCCCCACAUUCACCACCUCCCAUCGAAAAGAAAUUAAGUUUGAACGAGGAAGCGGGGGAUAUCGCACUGGGUCGACUUAGCGAGGAGUACAUCACUACAAAAUGGGAAAUAUGGGCAUAUUACAGCUAUUACAUUGGAAACAAUGGAUUGUCUCUAUUCAACUUUGCUCCGACAGCCUUCCAGAAUCUCCUCGACCAAGCAGCCGCCGGCGCUGGCGGCCUUGUCUUCGCAGGCAGGUUCCGUUCUGUGGAAAGCAUAGUCCUCCUGUGCAACGGAAUCUCCUUUGCCAUCCAAAUCGUGGUGUUCCUGGUGAUGGGGAGCUUUGCUGAUAUUGGGACCUGGCGCCCAAACAUUCUAAUUGUCCUCUCCAUUAUUGCAUACGCCGUGGGCUUUUCCUGGCUGGGCGUCCACACAGAGGACAAGUGGCAGAUAGCUGCCGGGCUGUAUAUUAUUGGCCUUGUGGCCUACCAGACAACACUUACCUUCUGGAGUGCUGCAUUCCCAUCUCUCGCGCGCAAUACUCGUGACAUAAGGGAGAAGGCUGAUGAUUAUAUGCGUGGAACUCUUUCACGUGACGAUUAUAACUUUGCUGAUACGAUGAAGCGAAGCCAGCUUGCUAACACUGCCUUUUAUAUCCAGUCACUUGCAGAGAUCAUAAUUCUUGCUGUUAUAGUUGGCAUUAUGUUUGCAGUUGGUAUUAACGCCAGCGCAGCAAAAAACAACUGGGGCUUGAGCAUUCUUAUAGCCUUUGCAAGUGGUGUUUGGCUGCUUGUCUCAUUACCAUGGUUUUUCCUUGAGAAACGACGGCCGGGCGCAGACCCUGGCAAUAGGAGCAUCAUCAUGGUGGGCCUAUCGCAGCUCUACUUUGCCAUGCGCCAGGUGUGGAGAUUGAAGCAGAGCUUACUAUAUCUUGCCGGUACCGCAACUCCUACUUAUCCUCGAGACAUCGUGCCACUACUAAUGAAUGAAAUGAGUCAAGGUUACUUUCUACUCGGCGAUUCAUUGAACACCACUGUCACGUUAAUAUCCACAUUGCAGAAUAGCCUGGUGGCAUACAAUACACUACAGCUGACAUAUCUGUUGCUUGUGGGUAUUACGACGCAGGCUGUCGGUAUCUAUAUUUUCUGGGCCGUCCAGCAACGAUAUAAGCUUGGCACGAAAACGAUGUUCAACGUGGUAGGCUUCAGUAUCCUGAUGCUCGACGGUUGGGGCAUGAUAGGAAUCUGGACCAACAAGUUUGGCUUCCACAAUCUGUGGGAAGUAUGGGUCUACCAAGCUGUCUACGGCUUCUUUAUAUGCCCGUGGUAUAGCUAUUCGCAAAUCAUGAUCUCAGAGGUGACACCGCUCGGAUAUGAAUUUCUUUUCUUCAGUCUUUUCAGUAUCAUUGGAAAGACAUCCUCCUUCAUUGGGCCUCUUGUAUCUAGUGCCAUUGUCGAUGCGACGCCUUCUGGAAAUGCUUCCAUGCCCUUUUAUUUUCUAUUUGGAUUGAGCCUGUUGAGCUUUGGGAUAAUGUUCUUCUGGCUUGAUCUGAAGAAGAGUGGUUUGGAGCAAAGGCGGUUUUUGGAGGAAUCGCAGCAGGAGCACCAAACGGCCUAG